AUGGCUGAGACAGGAAAGGAUACCGGAGCGUCAAGUGGACAAGUUGGUGGCGACUUGUGUUUGAAAGGCGUGCUUAGAAGUUUCACGAUGAUGGAAAGAAACGAUGAUGAUCCGGUGUCGACAAGCACCGAAGAAAUGAAAGAGUCAAUUGCCGAAGAAGUGGGGAAGGCAAUUGAGGGUAGUCUAUCCGGUUUCAUAGACAAAAUUCAAAACACGGUGUUAUCAUUAGUUGAAGAACGAGUUAAAAGGUUGAAAGAUAAUGUCAACCUUAUGAGAGAAAAAUCCGGAGAACGCAAGGGGUGUUCGUAUAAGGAGUUUACGGCGUGUAAGCCGCCAAUUUACAACGGGACCCACUGUGACGUGAGUGAUUUUGUUGCUUACGGAACUGGUCAAUUGAGGGGUCAAGCCAAGGAUUGGUGGGACAACAAAAAGAAGGAAAUAGGAGCCGAAGCGGCGACGGUCAUGACUUGGGACGAGUUUAAGGUGCCAUUCCUUAAACACCAUAGUCCCAAUGUGUUUAUCAACAGGAUCAAGGAAGAAUUCAUCCAGUUAAGACAAAGGGGUGAAACAAUUGAUAAAAUCACGGGCAUCUUUAUGGAUAAGUUGAGAUUCUGUGAUGAGCUAGUCACCACUGAAGAGCAGAAGAUAUAUUACUAUUACAACAUGCUGAGCGCUGAAUACCGAGAGUUCAUGACUCCCUCAAAGUAUGAAACCCUCACGGAAAUUAUCAACACCGCCCGGGAGCGAGAAAUCGAGUUGAAGAAACAAAUCGAGAGGGGGGAGCAAAGGGCACAGGAUGUGAAUCCAAGCCCUACAAAGAAGGCUCGAACGGCUGAAUCGGCAAAGAAAACGGAUGCAAAGGGUGGGUUGCCAAGUUGCAAAGUUUGUGGAAAAGGGCACAAGGGCGAGUGCUUUUUCAAAGAUAAACCAUGCCCCAUAUACGGGAAAACGGGGCACAUGACAUCUCUAUGUCUGGGUAAAGUCUCAGUUUGUUACAAUUGCUAUCAGCCCGGCCACAAAAAGUCUAAAUGCCCAGACUUAGUUGGAAAGAGAGACACUAAAGAAUCUCCAACAGAAGCUCCAAAGGCAAAGGCUAGGUCCUUCCAACUUACAGCAGCUGAAGCGAAAACAGAACCCGAUGUGGUCUCAGGCUGUAAAUUAAGUACCGAUGAUGAGGAGUACUUAAUAGAUCUAAUCCCGAUGUCGAUGGGAGAGUUUCAAGUAGUUGUUGGGAUGGAUUGGCUAUCUCGACACCAUGCAAAGGUUGCGUGUUUCCGUAAGGAGAUAAAGUUAACAUCUCCGAGCGGAAAAGGACCAACCAUAUCUAUCCCCCAUUGUUGGAACGACCAUGCCGUUGUUACAGGGACCAACUCAUUCUUUGGGCGCAUCGUUUUCGAAGCAUGUCUCUGA